GGUUAAUCGCUCGAUCAGUCGAACACCAGCCACGGUCAUGGGAACACAACGACGUAUCAAGUGGGUACUGCCGCUGCUAGCGCUAGUGACGCUUCCGGAAGCUCGCGCCGGAAUUUUGGACAACCGCAUCGAUCCGGUGUGCGAUCUGCCGGAUACGCUGGUUCGGGAGAUCCAGGGUUAUCAACCGAUCGUGAAUGGGAUUGUGAGCAGGAUUUUCGAGGGGGACUUUGCUGGGAAGACAUGGGACAGCCUGUCGGAACUGGUGGACACGUUCGGGGCGCGGUUGGCGGGUUCGGAACAGCUGGAGAAGGCGAUCGAUUACGUGAUUGACGGGAUGAAGCGCGAUGGGUUGGAAAACGUCCACACGGAGAACGCUAGCGUGCCGCAUUGGGUCAGAGGGUUUGAAAGUGCUCAGCUGGUGGCUCCGUUCAAGAAGAAUCUACCGCUGUUGGGACUGGGAACGACUGUCGGGACUCCACGAGGAGGUAUCAUCGCGGAUGUGAUCGCGGUCGAGUCGUUCAAGGAGUUCGAAGCGUUCACCCCCGAACAGGUCAAGGGCAAGAUCGUGGUGUUUGUACCUCCGUGGCAAGGUUAUGGUAAAACUGUGGCAUACCGAAGUCACGGAGCAUCGGUAGCGGCCAAAAAGGGAGCCGCGGCCACGUUGAUCCGAUCGAUCACGCCGUUCUCGAUAGGAUCGCCUCACACGGGAGUUCAGGACUACGAGGACGGUGUACGGAAGAUUCCGACGGCCUGCAUCACCGUGGAGGAUGCCGAAAUGAUCCUGCGAAAGUAUCGCAGAGGUGAAACCCUCACGAUACACCUGGAGAUGGAGGAUCGCAACCUGGAGCCGUUCAUCUCGCGGAACACGAUCGCAGAACUAGUGGGAACAACUUACCAGAACAAUCAAGUUGUGGUAGUGUCUGGUCACCUGGACAGCUGGGACGUCGGAGUGGGCGCCAUGGAUGACGGCGGAGGAGCGUUGAUCUCGUGGAAGGCGCUGACCUACCUGAAGGCCAUGGGAUUCAGGCCACGACGCACGAUUCGGGCGAUCCUGUGGACCGGCGAAGAGUUGGGACUGUGGGGUGGACAAGCAUACCGCGAAGCUCACCAGGCAAACGAAAAGGAAGAGUUUAACUUCUUCUUCGAAUCGGACAUCGGGACGUUCGAACAGAAAGGAUUGGAUUUCUCCGGCAACAAAGAAGCGGAGUGCAUCUUCCGGGAGGUUGUCAAGUUAAUGACCCCGCUGAACGCCACCGAGUUCGAGACGCCCACCGACGGAGGGCCGGACAUUAGCCACUGGACCAGCCGGGGAUUUCCCGGGGCGUCGCUGAUCAACAAGAAUGAAAAGUACUUCUGGUUCCACCAUUCCGCCGGGGAUAGCAUGGCGGUCGAGGAUCCGCGCAACUUGGACAAGUGCGUCGCGCUGUGGGCGGCGGCCGCGUACGUUGUGGCCGAUCUGAGCGUGCCGAUGCCGAAGGAUGUUAAGGGAUGAUUGGUUCGAGGGUUGAAAUGUGCCUGCAGGAAGCAAUUAUCGAAGAACAGAAAGAAUUUAAACAUUUUUUACUGAGUAGAAAUAAGCUGUGAACCGACAACAUAUAAAUCAAAUAAAUAAUGUAGAAUAAUUAAGUUUUA